AUGAGGUCUCUAUACCCUCCUCGUCCGCUAGUGCCGCCACAAGCACCGAUGGCCAACCCAAGUUCGCCCAGCGUAGAAGAGAGGCUAGACAAAAUUUUUAGCUUCAUGACCAAUCAAGCUGCCGCUCAUAAACAUCUUGAAACCCAAGUGGGCCAACUGGCCACUAGGUUUUCUACUCUUGAAGCUGAGGUUGAAAAGGGGAAGCUACCAAGCCAACCAGCACAAGUUAAGGCCAUAACUGUUCUGCGAAGUGGAAGAGAGAUCGAUAACAAUACGAAAGAAGAUGAUAAAGAAAAGGAGGCACCUGUCCUCCACAAAUCUGCUAAUCCUUACAAGCCACGAAUUCCUUUUCCUGGCCGUCUUCGAGAAGACAAACAAGAAGAGCAAUUCCGGGACCUCUACAACAUGCUGUCCAAAGUGAACGUAAACCUUCCCCUUUUGGAAGUAAUCAGGAGCAUGCCAGCGUACGUCAAGUUCUUUAAGGACUUGGUGACGAAAAAGAGGAGGUUCGGCGAUGGUGAGAAGGUGGUGGUUCACGAGGCUUCGAGCGCAAUGCAAUAUGACUUACCAAAGAAGGAGCUCGAUCCUGGGGGUUUUGUCAUCAAAAUAGCCCUCGGGAAUGGGAAAGAAGCCUCAGGAAUGCUUGACUUGGGAGCCGGCAUUAAUCUAAUGCCAUUUUCCAUUUUUCAAAAGCUUGGCCUUGAUCGAUCAACUCGAUUCCCAAAAGGAGUCGUGGAAGAUGUCCUUGUUCGAGUGGGACAACUUAUAGUCCCAGUGGAUUUUGUUGUCCUUGAUGUUGGGGACGUUCAAGAGAACGGGAAGGAUCACACUAUCCUGUUGGGAAGACCAUUUAUGGCUACGACCAACACAUUGAUCGAUGUGAAGAACGGAACGUUGAGCAUGUCGGUUCUGGGAGAAUCUGUGUCCAUUUCCGUUCAUGAAGCCCAACUAGCCCCCUCAUUUAACUAUACUGAAGAGUGUGCCUUUUACGAUGACGUCUGUUCAACCGUUGAAGAAAUGGUGAUGCAUGAUUUUGAAGAACAGAGUAUGCCCGACCUUAAGGAAGAAGAGCUGUCGAUUGUAGAACUCUUUGCAAUUGAGCAAGAGUCACAAAAUCCUCCCAAUCCAGAACUGAAGGAGUUGCCUAAUCACCUAAAGUACGUGUUUCUUGAUGACCAGGAGAAAAAGCCCGUAAUCAUUUGUGCAGAACUCACAGAAGAACAGGAGGAGGAGUUAGUUGAAGUUCUGAAAAGAAAACAAAAGGCGAUCGGAUGGAGCCUUGCUGAUAUAAAGGGAAUUAGUCCGGCAACUUGUAUGCACCGUAUUGUUCUAGAAGAAGGAGCCAAACCUUUCCGGGAUAGCCAACGCCGGCUUAACCCAAACAUGAGCGAGGUAGUCAAGAAAGAAAUCAUUAAGCUAUACACGGAAGGACUGAUCUAUCCCGUUGCAGACAGCGAAUGGGUAAGUCCGAUCCAUGUGGUUCCGAAGAAAGGCGGAAUCACUGUCAUCGAAAAUGAUAAAAAAGAGUUGUUCUAUUGCUUCCUUGAUGGCCUUUCUGGCUAUUACCAAGUGGCCAUUGCUCCCGAAGAUCAACCAAAGACGACUUUCACAUGCCCGUACGGUACUUUCGCUUUCAGGCGUAUGCCCUUUGGCCUAUGCAAUGCUCCAGGCACCUUUCAAAGGUGUAUGCUCUCUAUUUUUUCCGACAUGCUUGAGAACUGCUUGGAGUUGCUCCUGAUUGGUCUUUGCCUUUUGAAAUCAUGUGUGAUGCGUCAAAUCAUGCAGUCGGGGCCGUUUUGGGUCAACGAGUUGAUAAAUUACUUCGUGUAA